UUGGAAGUGCAGAGAGCUUUUCUCUUAUCCUUGACUAGAUCACUGGGCUGUGAACACUCAGGCUCUGAGCUGGAAGGCGCAGCCUCUCUGAGCAGCACCAAGACCUCCCAGGCCCUGGGAGCCCCUGCCGUUCCAGGAUGUGGCUCUGUGCUCUGUUCCUGGCCACUCUCUUGACUUCCACAGCUUCGGCAGGGCACCCGUCCUCGGCACCUGUGGUGGACACUGGGCAUGGCCCAGUGCUGGGGAAAUACAUCAGCCUGGAAGGAUUCGCACAGCCUGUGGCCGUGUUCCUGGGCGUCCCUUUCGCCAAGCCUCCUCUCGGAGACCUGAGGUUUGCCCCGCCACAGCCUGCAGAGCCCUGGAGCUUUGUGAAGAACACCACCUCCUACCCCCCCAUGUGCUCCCAAGAUGCAGUGGCAGGGCAGAUGCUGUCCGAGCUCUUUACCAACAGGAAGGAGAACAUUCCUCUCAAGUUUUCCGAAGACUGUCUUUACCUGAAUAUUUACACUCCUGCUGACUUGACCAAGAAAAGCAGGCUGCCGGUGAUGGUGUGGAUCCAUGGAGGUGGACUUGUGGUGGGCGGGGCCUCUACCUAUGAUGGCCUGGCCCUCUCUGCCCAUGAAAACAUGGUGGUGGUGACCAUUCAGUACCGUCUGGGCAUCUGGGGGUUCUUCAGCACAGGGGAUGAACACAGCCCAGGGAACUGGGGUCACUUGGACCAAGUGGCUGCUCUGCGCUGGGUCCAGGACAACAUUGCCAACUUUGGAGGGAACCCAGGCUCUGUGACCAUCUUUGGAGAGUCAGCAGGAGGUGAAAGUGUCUCUGUCCUUGUUUUAUCUCCCCUGGCCAAGACCCUCUUCCAUCGGGCCAUUUCUGAGAGUGGUGUGGCCCUCAUGGAGGUUCUGGUCAAGAAAGACAUCAAACCCCUGGCACAGAAAAUUGCUGUCACUGCUGGAUGUAAAACCACCACGUCGGCUGUCAUGGUUCACUGCCUGCGCCAGAAGACAGAGGAUGAGCUCUUGGAUUUGACACUGAAAAUGAAAUUGUUUACUGUGGAUUUCCUUGGAGACCCCAGGGAGAGUUACCCCUUCACACCCACCGUGGUGGACGGAGUGGUGCUGCCGAAAACUCCUGAAGAGAUUCUGAUUGGAAAGAAGUUCAACACCGUCCCCUACAUGGUUGGAAUCAACAAGCAGGAGUUUGGCUGGAUUCUUCCAACGUUUAUGGGCUAUCCGCUCUCUGAAGGCAAACUGGACCAGAAGACGGCCACCUCACUCUUAUGGCAGUCCUACCCCAUCACUGGCAUCCCUGAGGAACUGACUUCGGUAGCCAUUGAGAAGUAUUUAGGGGGAACAGAUGACCCUGUCAAAAAGAAAGACCUGUUCCUGGACUUGAUUGCUGAUGUCAUGUUUGGUGUCCCAGGUGUGAAUGUGGCCCGACACCACAGAGAUGCUGGAGCCCCCACCUACAUGUAUGAGUUUGAGUACCACCCAAGCUUCUCCUCAAACAUGAAACCCAAGACGGUGACAGGGGACCAUGGGGAUGAGCUCUUCUCUGUCUUUGGAGCCCCAUUAUUAAAAGAUGGUGCUUCAGAAGAGGAGGUCAGACUUAGCAAAAUGGUGAUGAAAUUUUGGGCCAACUUUGCUCGGAACGGGAAUCCCAAUGGGGAGGGUCUGCCCCACUGGCCAAAGUAUGACCAGAAGGAAGGGUAUUUGCAGAUUGGCGUCACCACCCAGGCAGCCCAGAAGCUGAAGGACAAGGAAGUGGCUUUCUGGAACAAGCUCCUGGCCACAGAGCCUGUGGGAAAACCAUUUCAGAAAGAGCACAUUGAGCUGUGAACAGGCCUCACCAGCCACCGGAGCCUGGAAGAGCCACCACAGAGGUGUUCUAUAGAAGGUGACUGUGGGUCAGAGUGGUGUCUCAUUGUGGAGUCUGGGGAAUUGUUCCUGGGGGGUGGACACAGGCCAGGGAGGGGCAAUUUUUGCACUUGUGACCUCAGUUGUGUCAAUAAACAUUUUUUGGAGGCCAAA